AUGUCGGUAUUAGACUCAUUUAUACGGGCUUCGGAUAGGGUGGUAGAAUUCCAAGCGUAUUUUGAUUCACUUUCUGUUGACAGCCAUUCUGUUCAUACAUUAGAGGUGCACAAGGACGAGGUUGUGCGCCUAUGGUCAGUGUUUAGAUCGUGCUACGAUGAUAUCCUCAAUAAAUUCAAUGAAUUAGAAGAAGAUAUUCAAGUUGAAACUUUGAAAUCGCGAUUUUUUUCGACAUUCGAAGCUCACGUAAAGGUUCUCGCAAAAUCCAAUGAGCUAUUGGAUACUCUUUGCCAGCAAGCCGGACCAAUCCCUGCCUCUAACCCCUCUACAAUCCCUCAAAUGGACACUACACCAAAUAUAACCCUACCACCGUGCGAUACUGAAGUUUUUCACGGGGACUAUCAGUCCUGGCCUACCUUUCGUGACAUGUUCACAGCAUUAUACCGCAACAACAAGCGGUUAUCUCCAGUUGAGAAAAUGUGUCAUCUUAUAAAAAAGACACAGGGAGAGGCGCGUGAAUUGCUCAAAAUGUGUCCAAUAACAAAUGACGGUUUCGCAAUGGCUUGGCAGAAUCUAGUGAACCGAUAUGAAAAUAAAAGAAUCCUCAUAAACUCUCAAUUGAAAACUCUUUUUAACCUGUCUCCCAUUUCUAAAGAAACCGGUAGUAAUAUUAGGUCCAUUCAACGUACCAUUAAUGAUUGCGUCUCAAAUUUAAGUCUUCUCCAAAUUGACACCGGUAAUUGGGAUGUAAUAUUUGUAUACAUUUGUUCGACGUGUCUUCCGGACGUAACCCUUACCCUCUGGGAACAAUCUUUACCAAGUAGCACCGAGUUGCCAACAUGGAAGCAAAUGGAUACAUUUUUGACAUCUAGAUUUCAGACUUUAGAGUCCGUUGCUGAUAUUCGCACCACGUUUGCUAAUCCUAAUAUUUCAAAUAAUGCGAAAUCUUCUUUUUCAAAAAGACACAAUCCAUCAGAUCAGAAGAAACUUAAUACCUAUCGUACCGGUGUUUCUAACGAUAAAACCACUAAAUGCUCGCUCUGUUCUGAUAUUCAUCCCCUUAGACUUUGCCCUACAUUUCUGGGAAUGUCUAUAGAAGAACGUUUUUCGAUAGUCAAAAGGCAGAAUCGCUGCACGAACUGUCUCGGAACAUCCCAUGAGUUCAGAAAUUGUAGGAGCCAAUAUGUUUGUCACUUAUGCAAACAAAAGCACCAUUCUCUACUCCAUCGAACGGAAAAAUCAUCAACUGUAGUCCAACAAUUUAAUCCUCAAUCGAGUCCUCUGACUGUAGCUUCGACCCCGCAAACUGAACCGAACACUUCUAGUGUUACCAACCCCUUACAAACCAACAAUAAUCCCUCUACUUCGAAUGAAGCUGCAAACCAGAUGCGACACGCAUAUUCGACGCAAAUACAGUCCACUACAAAUUCUACAGUCUUACUUGGUACGGCCCUUGUCGAUAUUUACACAAACGGCCUUAAGUGUACCGUUCGAGCCUUAAUUGACUCUGCAUCUGAAGCUACUUUUGUAUCAAAAAGACUUCAAUGUAAACUAGCUUUAAAGACUCGCUCUUCUAAAACUGAGGUUCAUGGGCUAAACGAUGCCUUGACUGCUACCUCAACCCAGCUAUGUUACAUUCGUAUAGGCUCGCCUAUUGACAGCUCGUUCGAAACCUAUGCCGAUGCCUUUGUCGUUAAGAAACUAACUAACCAGCUCCCCUACUACCCGUUAUCAACUUUAAGAAACAGCGAAUUUUCAGAUUUACAAAUGGCUGAUACUCAUCUUAAUAAGAGUUCAGAAAUUGAUUUAUUGAUUGGUGGCGAUGUGUAUCCAAAGAUUUUAAGAAAUGGGUUGCGUUGGGACAAUAACAAAUCUUUAGUGGCACAACAAACCGUUUUCGGAUGGAUUGUUACAGGCCGAAUCGCAACAAAAACGUAUGUCUCUUCGGUCUCAUCAUUUUAUAACGAGGUCGUAUUAAACAAACAACUCCAAAGGUUUUGGGAACUUGAAGAAGUUCCAAAAAGGCCUCGACUUACCGAUGAAGACCUUUACUGUGAAAAUCUUUUUCAAUCCUCGACAUAUCGCACGGAAAACGGACGUUUUGUUGUUUCGUUACCCUUCCGGCGCGAGUAUCCAGAGAAAAUAAACAUUGGAUCUUCCCGUCAUAUUGCCCUCACUCAAUUCGUUAGGAACGAGACUAGAUUGAUGAAAACCCCUCAACUGAAAUCCGAAUAUGAUAGAGUUAUCACUGAAUAUUCAUCUCUCAAACACAUGACUCAUGUCACCCCAUCCAGUGCUAAUACCAAGUACUACUUACCCCACCAUGCGGUUCUUAAACCCGACAGCACUACCACGAAGUUACGUGUAGUCUUUAACGCGUCUAGUCCGUCAUCAAAUGGGAAUAGUCUUAACGACUUGCUUUACCCCGGCCCUAUACUACAGGCGGAUUUGACAAUACUCAUUUUGAGAUGGAGACUUUUCAGAUACGUAUUCAAUGCGGACAUCGAAAAAAUGUAUCGCCAGAUUCUGGUAAACCCAUCUCAUAGCUCAUUUCAGCGUAUAAUAUUCCGUAGUUCCCCUAAUGAAGAUCCCCAAGAUUUCGAACUAAACACCGUAACUUUUGGUGUAAACUGCGCCCCAUAUCUGGCGAUCCGCACAUUACUUGAGUUGGCUAAAAUAAAUCAACAGUCAAAUCCGAUCGUUUCUGAUAUUCUGCUGAAUUACAUGUACGUUGAUGACGUUUUAGCCGGCGCCCACACACUGUCUGCUGCUUUGAAAGCUAGAGACGAUCUUAUCCAAGUUCUCCAUUCGGCUGGUUUCUCUCUUCGUAAAUGGACGGCAAACAACGAAUACUUGCUUAAAGGUCUUUCCCCCGAUCAUCUCUUAGAUGCAGAGUUCCUGAAAUUAUCAGACUCUUGUACCACCAAAACUUUAGGCUUACGUUGGAACGCCGGAAGUGAUCAUUUUUAUUUUCAACUAAAGAACUCUCCCGAUCGAAAUUCAACUACGAAAAGAUCAGUUUUGUCUGAAAUUGCCAAACUAUUUGACCCCGCCGGUUGGCUUGCCCCUAAAAUAAUAGUAGCCAAAAUGAUUAUGCAACAAAUCUGGAAAGAUGAGACAAACUGGGACGAAGAUCUUAAGCCAUCAACACUAUGCCAGUGGCAUGCAUUCUUAGAUGAUUACAUCGAUAUAGAACACAUCAAAAUUCCCCGAUUCGUGGACUUUGAUCCCUCUUAUUCCAUCGAGUUACAUGGCUUCUGUGACGCUUCGGAGAAGGCCUAUGCCGCCACACUGUACAUACGCGCCGAAUGUUUAGGUUGUAUCUCGUCUCACCUCCUAGUAGCUAAAACGAAAGUGGCUCCCGUUAAGUUUGUCUCAUUACCUCGUAAAGAGCUUUGUGGGGCUGAACUAAUGGCUAUCAUGAUUGAUAAUGUCCAAUCCCAAAUGAAUCUUCGAAACUGUAAACUCUAUCUAUGGACCGAUUCAACUAUAGUGUUGGCAUGGUUACAAAAACCACCUAAUCGAUGGAAAACUUUUGUUGAAAAUAGGGUUUCCUCCAUUGUCGAAAAAGUAGGGAGUCAAUCUUGGUUUCAUGUUGACUCCAAAAGUAACCCCGCUGAUUUGGCAUCUCGUGGACUCACAGUUGCACAACUUAUAUCAAACGACUUAUGGUGGCAUGUACCUUCAUGGCUCAGACUUCCUCCAGAACAAUGGCCUAAAAAUUCAUCUAGUUUCUCAACAGAAGAGGAGGCGAAACCUAUUCGUGUUCAUUUGUCUCAAAUCACCACUACUGAUAUUUUGAAGGACUUUUCCGAUUUUCCCAAAGCUUUGCGCAUUGUUUGCCAGGUGUAUCGUUUUUAUUACCGCUGCUGUCGAAAAUUGCGUCAUAAACUAGUAACGACCAAUGAACUAACUCGCGCUGAACUAGAUAAUGCCAAAACCCGCCUGGUUAUUGCCUGCCAAAAGUUGUACUUUGAAAAAGAAUACAAUUUAUUAUCCCAAGGUCUAAACGUGUCCAGAAAAAGUCAUAUCUUAACACUUAAUCCAUUUUUAGAUUCCACGGGCGUUAUGAGGAUAAACGGUCGCUUAUCUAACUCUCCUUCGCUAAAUUAUGAUGAGAGAUUACCAAUAUUAUUGCCCUACCAUGGAUGUUACACGAGGCUAUUUCUAACAUAUCUGCAUAAGUAUUCGCUACAUGGUCAAAAUUCUCUUUUGUAUAGAUUAAUGCGUCUCUAUUAUUAUGUCCCCAAGCUUAAAGUCCUGAUCAAAACUAUUUUAUCCCAAUGUCGAUCUUGUGUAAUUCAAAAACAUCAGAAAAGCCAACAAAUAAUGGCGGCCUUACCCCCUGAGAGGACCACACUUUCCCGUCCGUUUACCAAUACUGGUGUUGACUUUGCUGGUCCCUUUGACAUCAAAACGUAUGCAGGACGCGGCUGCAAAGUUACCAAGGGUUACGUAUUAGUCUUUGUAUGCUUUGCGACUAAGGCUAUACACCUCGAAGGUACGAGUGAAAUUUCCACGCAGGCCUUUCUAGCUGCGUUUGCACGAUUUUUUUCACGUCGAGGUUCUCCAAAUGCUAUUUACUCGGAUAAUGGCACUGCCUUUGUCGGCGCCUCCCAUAUUUUGGACGCUGACAGAUCUCAAUUCAUAACGCUGAUACGUCGAAAACUACUCGAUCAACAGAGUUUUGCGCUGCUUGAAUGGCACUUUAUCCCUCCAGGUGCGCCGCAUAUGGGCGGCCUCUGGGAAGCGGGUGUCAAAAGCUUCAAAAUGCAUCUUAAACGAAUCUCUCACAGUCAGAGCUUUACCUUCGAAGAAUUUUCCACUAUGCUAACCCGCAUUGAAGCUUGCUUAAAUUCCAGACCACUCAGCCCACAAAGCGAUAAUCCUGAAGAUUUGGGCGUACUCACCCCUGGUCAUUUCCUUAUUGGAAACGUACUCCUAUCACCCCCAGAACCUGACUUAUCUGAUCAUUCACUGAGUUAUGUCAAUCGGUGGCAAAAAUUGAAAAUUUUGCAUCACCAUUUUGCCCAAAGGUGGAAAGAGGAGUACCUCAAGGAACUCCACAAACGCUUCAAAUGGAAGUUUCCCCAGCGUGAUUACGCUAUCGGCGACCUUGUAAUUAUAAGGAAAGACAAUUUGCCCCCUAACCAAUGGCGUCUUGGCCGUAUUGAAAAUAUAAUACGCGGUAAAGAUCACAGAGUCAGAGUCGCCGACAUACGAACUGCCAAUGGCAUCCAACAACCAUGCCCCGUCAUCAUCGAAGAAGUCUAUCUCCAUUGGAAGAACAGAACCGUAGCCACCACCGACGCAACAUUCGCCAUAAUAGACAGUCUCCUGACUGCCGUUUAUGUAACAAGGACCACUCGCUCCGAAAGUGCAUCAGAUUUAAGAAAAUGA